CUUUCCUACGCCCGGCCCACACAGAGAAAUAGUAUUGGAGAGGCAGGGCAGAGGUUCAGAUAAAAAGAGCCACAGAACUUAUUGCCUUUACCCCUGACAAACAACUACCAGACCUCCAGAGUAAAGUAAGUGGAUUCUUUCUUUGUGGGUGCAGGCGGACGUAUACACUCUUUUUGUUUUGAACUCUGUGAAGAAUGGAUGGACUAAAACAGUGGAUCCAAGUGGCCGUCAUGGCCCUCCUGGUGUUAACAGUGAUGGCUGCAGAUGGAGGCAAAGCUGAGAAACAAGGAAAGAAGGAGCGCAAGUCAGACUGUGGGGACUGGCAGUGGAGCGUUUGCGUGGCCAACGAGGGCGACUGCGGACUUGGCACCAGAGAGGGAACGCGCACUGGGACCGACUGCAAGCAGACCAUCAAGACCCAACGCUGCAAGAUCCCUUGCAACUGGAAGAAAAAGUUUGGGGGGGAAUGCAAGUACGACUUCCAGGCUUGGGGUGAGUGCGAUCUGGCGACGGGGAUGAAAAACAGGACGGGAGUUCUGAAGCGGGCGCUCAUGGAUGCAACCUGCACCCCCACCGUCACGGCCACCAAGCCUUGUGGGAAAAUCCCCAAGACAAAGCUGCAAGAUGCAAAAAAGCAGAAGAAGGAGGGAAAGAAGCGAGAGCGUGCCCCCAUGCCUUGGUGAGGUUGAACCAUGAGAUCGGCGGGGGACCACAGAAAAAGAGUCCACUGCUGUACUUUAACACGGUUCCUCAUUAUGUGUCUAGUAGCUUGACUAUAGGAGCCUAUAUACUUCUGGGGAAGAAAAAAAAACAAAAAAACAAGUAUGGAAGCAUGACCUUUAGUGAAAAAUAUGUUUCAUCUUUCCUUCUUUCUAGCACCUGAUACGGAACUUUUUGUAGGAGACGGUAGGGAUGGAUAAUGAGAAGUUUUUCUAGGGUUCUCGCUUAAUUAUGUUAUUUUUUAGAACAAAUUGCCUCGUCUUUGUUCUACAGUUGCACACCCUAACUCUAAUUGUGGAAAACGUUUUGCUCUGCGGUCCGACCUAAUGAAGCAUUUUGUUAAAAGUGAAGUGGCAAACACCCUCCUUUAAUUAAUUUGGAAGUCAAACGUUUGCAUUCCUGGAGUUCACUGUGACUGUGUUCUGUUGUUAAAGGAAGUUGCAUGAAAUAACCACAGUUGUUCUUAGUCGUUUCUGCUGCUCUGUUGUAUCUCCGUUUUAUCCGCUCUCUGUCUAUGUAUCAUCAUCCACAACCUAUGCUUUCUGGUAUAUUUGCAAAAACAAAAAUAAAUAAAAAGAAAAAGUUGAAAAGACA